UCAAAUACAGCCGGGUGUCGCAGUUUCCAGGAUAAUGUCAUGAAUGAUCUGAUCGAGCUGACCUAGACCGCGAAUUUUACUUCACUUCUAAUUUUUGGGGCUUUAAUCUUCCUUAGGUGAGAAGUCGGAAAUCUUCCAUAAAACGUUUGAUGAUGAAUUCCACAACAUUUGUAUCACUUAAAUCCACAAAUGAUAUUUUUUUGCCUUUUCGCGUUGUUUUGGUGGUGAGUGCGUGUAUCGCAUCCACUAUGGGUAACGUGAUUAUUCUUGUUAUUUUCUCCGCAAGUAAGCGAGAGAUUAAAAAUAAAAGAAGUAACCGCUGCCGAGUCAUUGAUAUCAUUAUUGCAUCAAUAGCUAUAGCAGCUCUUGGAAGAAGUCUUUUACUGGGACCCCUUCAAACAGCUUGUUUUACUCAAGGUGAGUGGCCAUUUGGAGAAUCUAUGUGCCAGCUGCAAGCAUAUAUUGAAGCCAUGCUCAGAAAUGCAGUUAUUUGGUACCUCAGCCUCCUGAGUAUAGAAAGAUAUACAAAGCACAUUAUGCCUCACGAAUACCUUGCGACCUUCAGUCCUCUCACUGUCAAUAUCAUCUUACUAGGUAUUCUGCUCAUUGUAAUCGUGCAAGUAACAGCUCCUCUUUACGGAUGGGGAAAAUAUGAGUAUAUUCACGAUACAGGCUUAUGUGGAACGGCUACAACUUCAACCUUUGGGUGCUCCUACGCUCUGUAUCUUCUUCUUUCACUUACACUGCCACCUUUAUCAGUAAUUAUGGUAAAUGGAGUUCUCCUCUCGUAUCAAAUGUGCAAAAAAUCAAAGGCACAGGAAACAACAAAGAGAAGCAUGUCUUGCGGUAACUCUCGUAUUUUGAGUUCAGAAAAGGAAAUACCUUCGCUUGUUGCUUUUAUGGUACUUUUUGUCAUUAUGAGCAUUCCUCGGUGCAUUGCAGACGUUGUUAUUAUGUGCAGCGAAACAUACCAUCUUCUGUCCCCAUUCAUCUUUAGCAUCUACUUUUUAGAUAGCCUAACAAGCGUUUUAUUACCAGUUCUGUGCUUCAGCAUGCAUCCGAGAUCUCGCCAGAUAUUGAGUGAAGUUUUUAGAAAGAAGGAAAGUUGUAUUCCUGAAAAGCCUAUAGCCUAAAAUGACAUACAUUUAUGAUUCUUAAUGUUAUGACACUCCAUCUGUAAUCAAAUAUAUGUUUUUAUGCAUAUUAUUAUAAAACUGGCAUUCAGUUUAAAAACCAGUGUUUAAUGUUUUCAAUUAUGUCAUCGCCAUCAUAUUAACAUUUGAUGUCAUAAUGGGUGUUGUGUAAUGAUUUUUAAUGUCAUGUAAUAAAUUUCGAGAAAAAUUCAUUAUCUGUGGCGCGAAAAUGUUCAUUGUAAUAAAGUUUUAUCAAAAAUAUCAGCUGUUUUUUAUAUAGUUAGCAUAACAG